UGGAGGCUCGUGUGGAGCCCUCACUGUUUAGCGGUGGACGUUGCAGUUCAGUUCAUCGGUGACGGUCUGGCGCGAAGGUUGUUCACUCUUCUUCCAGUUCCAGGACACCAGUUGUCUCUCACUCUUGAUCGCCAAAAUUUGUGAAUAGUUUCAAAUUAGAGGAAACAGCUGAAUGAAAAAGUUCUAGUGUGAAGUUGUAAAGUCCAAAUUUCCAGCCUUCUGCGAUGGGUGGAACACAUUGACACUUUAUUCGUUGGCGAAGUUCGUUACAUCAUUGGCAAGAAAGGGGGAACGAUUCGCGGAAGCGGAAAUUGAGUUAUAUCUGUUUCGAGCGCAAUAGACAAGUGCGUGGUAAAGUGAAAAUAUCGCUUUCCUGGAAGCUCUCAGUUCAGUGCUUACCGUAGUGGAGUUACCUAUAUUGAAUGGAGUGUAAUACGUCAGUAGUGGAACGAGAAGUAAAAGACCCUGCACGAAAAACAAUCAAGUGUGCUUGACAUUUUCCUCGGUGAAUUCCUUUCUUCCGUUUCUAAGGAAAAGCAGGGCCUACUAUUGUCAGAGCGAGUGAAGAGUGAGAGCAAGGGAAAUGGCAAAAGAUGGAUUUUUUCCACCAGAGAAGGCGACCAGAGCGAAACCGGGUGUGAUUUAUUCAAGCUUCCAUUUAAGAUACAAGGAAGCCUUGUGCGGACGUGAGCCUUGUGAGUGUGCAGAAAAGUUCUCCUUUGGUUCCCAAUGUCAUUGUGGUUUUCCAUGGGAAGUUCGAAGACUUAAACUACAAAAGUAUUCCACUAAACAGCUCGAAGAUAUCACGAAUAUCUGGUAUGACAAUUGCAACUGGAUGAGAAAUCGUUACAGAAUGUGUCCCACCGCCGCCAGGAGGAAGUUGUUCGCAAACAGACGGCACGCUAAAUAAUCUAUCGACUCGAUCUGGCAAACACAUCAUUAUCGGAUGGAUACGCGACACAAAUAGGUAAUCUUGUUAAUCAUUAAUGCUUAUUUGAUGAACCGACCCUUUCUAGCUUAUCUAGAUUUUUCUUUGAUAUACAUUUGAGGAAAAAAUAAAAAAGCUUGUGAAGUACCUGAGGUAAAUAAGGAACAAUUUGAAUCCAGCUAGAAAUUUGCUUUCUUUAUCAGAUAGGGUUUUUUGGCGGUGUUUUCAGUGGGGUGGAAUGUGCACCCCUUAAAGACUGCAUACAUUCUUGAAAUUUCUUCUGA